AUGUGGAGAGUCGAGGCUCCUAAACAAGCCAACGCACAUGACUUCUUCAUGCAUGAGAUUCUGGCCUUUGCGGCGCUACACAAAGCAUAUCAACAACCUCAAGACCAACGGCAGCCAUACUAUGCUUGCGGUAUCCAUCAUCAAGAUCUCGCCAUUCGGGGAGUUCGAGAGAAGCUUCAAAAUGUAACCGACGAAGACGCCCCGGCGAUUGUAGCUACGUCGACACUGCUCACCUUCAGCGUAUUUGCUUCAACGGGUUUCGAGGCCCAGACACCUCUUACUGCACCUGUCAACGACAUUGAUAGUCUGGUGAAUGCCUUCCAUCUCAUGCAAGGUAUGGGACACGUUCUUGCGCUCGCUCAAAUGGCAGUGAGGGACUCUUUUCUCGGCCCGAUACUGAGAGAUCCGUUGGAACCCACUGCAUCGCAGCCCGUGCUGCUAGAGCUGAAAAGUCAAUUACCAGCACUGGUUGCGUUCAUUGAAGGGAGAACGGAUCUCUCAGAGGCCGAACGACAACUUUAUCUUACUGUCAUUCACCUCUUCGAGCCCGCUUUCCAGAUAUCGCUGCCUGCUCGAGUGGAUAACCGGGAGCUACGUUUCCUAUUCUUUUGGCCUCUGCAAUUAGGACCAGAUUUCAUGGAAGCUAUUCAACAGCGAAGGUCAGGUGCGAUCGUAAUUCUCUUGUACUAUACGACCAUGUUCCAUGCAGCUGAGACGCGAUACUGGUUCAUGGAGGGCUGGGGACAGCGGGUAUCGAAGGCAUGCCAUCAGGCCAUUGACCAGAGCUGGGCCCCCGCUAUUGUAUGGCCUCUGUCUUUCCUGGAGCAGGGAGAUUCGUGGAGCUUGUUCACCAACGUCCUGAACCAGGGACAGGCUUCUGGGUCAGCAUCAGCUUCUCAGCAGCCAUCGGCAGAAACAACACCUCAACGGGAGGCACCGACUAUCGGAUCUGCAACGUCCGGCGCUGAGCCAUCGCAAUCUUACUCUAUCCAGCGACGAGGCUCGAAGUUCGCCGUUCAGAUGGGUGCUGCCGAGGACGAACAAGUUCCGGGAGAGGACUAA